GCAUUUAAUCUGAAGAAGUACUUAGAUGGUAUAUGGUAUUAAUAAAUUGCAAUACUAUUGGAUAGGCCGUUAGUGGACGAAGAUUUGUUUACAAAUUUGUUCAAAAUUCUGAUAUGAAAAGGGCGGUUGACACAAUCAAAACGAGUAUGAUGCGUCAAGGUCGAAGGAGUGCAUCUGUGGGUCCAUUCACAAAUCAUCAAAUAUUAACGGAAAAAAUAACUACAUUCAAACAAAACAGUUUCAAUAUUAAUGCAGAUAACUUCUACCAAUCUUCUCCAUCAUCCCAACAUUCAUCCGAAUCCUAUAAGUCAUCUUUACACUCUCCGUCCCUCAAUGAACCACAGGUGUUUUUCAACACUGAUAAAAAAAAGAAUAUUUUUGAAACACCCAACAGUUUAUUGUUUACCAACAACAACAUCAAAAAUUAUAAUUGUGACGAGAAAAGUGCUUUUUUAAAUUCCGGUAUUGCUUCAGAUAUAAAACAUACUCUGCAUGCACCCUCAUAUAACUAUGAAAAACAAAUUUUAGAUAACAGCAAUAUUUCAACUAUUAAUGAAAGUUUGCACAAUAAAGCUUUUUUGCCAUUCAAUAAUUCAGACAAUCCUAUGUUAAAUAAAAGUGAUGUUUUAUCAGAAAAUUUUAGAUUUCAGGACCAGAUUAAGAAUGAUUAUAAAAAAAUGCGUCAAAAAAAUGCAAUUGACACAAUCAAAACGAGUAUGAAGCGUCAAGGUCAAAGGAAUGUACCUUUGAAUCCAUUUCAAAAUUAUCAAAUAAUAACGGAAAAAACAACUACAAUUAAACAAAACAGUUCCAAUAUUAAUGCAGAUAACUCCUACCAGUCUUCUCCAUCAUCCCAACAGUCAUCCUUAUCCUAUAAAUCAUCUGCCCUACCCUAUCCGCCGCUCAAUGAAGCGGAGGUGUUUUUCAACACUGAGAAAAAACAGAAUAUUUUUGAAACACCCACCAAUAUGUUGUUUAGCAACAACUACAUCAAAAAUUAUUACCGUGACGAGAAAAGUAAUUUUUUCAAUCCCAGUACUUUACGUGCACCUGCAAAUGACAAUGAAAAACAAUUUUUAGAUUACAGCAAUACCUCAGCUAUUAAUGAAAGUUUGCACAAUAAAACAUUUUGUCCAGUAAAUAAUUCUGACAGCUAUAUGUUAAAUAAAAAAGAUGAUUUAUCAGAACAGUUUCGAUUUCAGGACCAGAAUAUAAAUGAUUGUAACGAAAUGUGUCAAAAAAAUGCGAUUGAUACAAUCGAAGCUAGAAUUAUGCGUCAAGGUCGCAGUAAUGUAUCUGUGGAUCCAUUCCAAAAUCAUCAAAUAUUAACGGAAAAAACAACUACAUUAAAAAAAAACAGUUCCAAUACCAAUGCAGAUAACUUCUACCAGACUUCUCUAUCAUCCCAACAGUCAUUCGAAUUCUAUAAGUCAUCUUCACCCAAUCCGCCGCUCAAUGCACCAGAGGUGUUUUUUAACACUGACAAAAGGCAAAAUAUUUUUGAAACACCAACCAGUUUAUUGUUUAGCAACAACAACAUCAAAACUAAUUAUAGCGAGGAAAAAUGUACCUUUUACAAUGCCGGAAUCGCUUCAGAUAUUUUUCAUUCUUUGCACCCACCUUCAUAUGACUAUAAAAAACUUCUUUUAGAUUACAGCAAAACCUCAACUAUUAAUGAAAGUUUCCACAAUAAAGCUUUUAGACCAGUAAAUAAUUCUGACAAUCGUAUUUUAAAUAGAAAAGAUGUUUUUUCAGAAGAGCUUAGAUUUCAGGAACAGAUUAUGAAUGACUAUAACAAAAUGCGUCAAAAAAAUGCGGUUGACACAAUCAAAACGAUUAUCAUGCAUCAAGGUCGAAAGAAUGUAUCUGUAGGUACGUUACAAAAUCAUCAAAUAUUAACGGAAAAAACAAAUACAUUCAAACAAAACAUUUCCAAUAUUAAUGCAGAUAACUUCUACCAGUCUUCUCCAUCAUCCCAACAGUCAUUUGAAUCCUAUAAGUCAUCUUCACCCUAUCCGCCGCUAAAACCAGAGGUGUUUUUUAACACUGUCAAAAAGCAGAAUAUUUUUGAAACACCCAACAGUUUGUUGUGCAGCAAAAACUACAUCAAAACUAAUUAUUGCGAAGAAAAAAGUACCUUUUUCAAUCUCGAAAAUGCUUCAGAUAUAAAUCAUACUUUGCAUGCACCUUCAUAUGACUAUGAAAAACUUCUUUUAGUACCUCAACUAUUAAUGAAAGUUUCCCAAUAA